AUGUCGACCAAAGUCUUUGAAUAUGCUGGUGCAAAGUUCGUCACCAACAACUAUGCUGCAAUCCUGUCAAAUGCUGAAGCUCCAUCUGAGUUUCAUCUCAUUCAAGACUAUCUUGCUCACAGUGAGUUCAUGUAUGCACUCACACAACCAGAAGUUAUUUCUCCGGCACAAGUUUUGACUCUCUGGCGUUCAGCAAGAUAUAAUGAUGGUGGUGAAAACGGAUCACCAUCUUUGACAUGCUCCUAUGAGGGUCAGGAGUAUAUUAUAACUCCUGAAACGGUUCGAAAGGCUCUUCACCUUCCAGAGCAUUCCAAGUAUCACAGCUCUGUCUCUACACAAACUCUGAAGGAUAUGAUGCAAUUCUUUGGAUACUCUGGCAACACUGAUAAGAUGGGGGAACUUAAGCGCCCUUGUCUCUGCAAAGAAUGGAGUUUCUACUAUGACUGUAUAACAAGAGCUUUUGGGAAUAAAUGCAGCAAUUUUGAUGCUAUUCCUCUCUUCAGUCAGCAGAUUGGGUAUGCUCUUAUCCAUAAUCUCAAUUUUGAUAUAGCACCAUCUAUUUUGAGAUUUAUUGGUGAUAGGAGAUUAGAAGAUGAAAAUACUGUCUACUUUGCUAGAUUUUGUCAGCUUAUUUUCUCUUACUGUUUUCCCCUGGUCCCUAUUCCUGAUACUGACACUGAACUACCCUUUAAAAUCACAAAACGAGCCUUCACUGAUUUAAUCAAAAAGGACAGUAAGAAACCUCAACUGCCUGUUUUUGCUAUACCAGUAACUGUUCAGGAUAAACUGAAGCUGGCAAUGCCAGAUAAAUAUGAUUCAUUAUUCUCUGAUGAGAAUUUACCAUCCUCCACCCACCAGACACAAGAUAUACCAACCUCUGGUCCUUCCCAAGAAGGGCCAGUUGUAAAAUCUGAUCUAAACACAACCUCUGGUCCUUCCCAAAAAGGGCCAGUUGUAAUAUCUUCACCAUCAAGGGUACUGAGGUCUUCUAAAUCUCCAUCCAAACAGUCAUCCAAACAGUCAUCCAAACAGCCAUCUCCUCCACCUAGGAAGAGAAGAUUUCCGCAGAGAUUUUCAGACUCUGACUCUGACCCUGAGCCAGAACCAGUUCCUCUAAUCUCAAGGCCCAGGAAGAAGAUCAAGCCCACCUCCACAAUUACUGAUCUUACUGUGGACCAUCCUCAGGAAUCCACAGUCAAUCCUCUUGAGAUGGUCACAGUUUCUGAUCCGCUGAUGGUAGAACCUCUAUCUGUAGUACCCCUAACUACUACAUCAGAAGCUGACAUUCCAAUGACAGAGCACAUUCCUCAGUCAGAGGAUCUUGUGCCACACUCACCAGCAGAUGCUAUAACUCUCUCAGAACAUACUCCAGAAGCACAUGUCUCCACUCCAGAAGCAAUUAUAACUACUCCAGACAUUGCUCAAGAAAUUCAGACCCCUGUUGAAAAUUUAGUUGCAGCUCCUGAUCAGGAGAUAUUAUCUGCUGCAAAUUCUGAGGAAGCUACAGCUCCUCUGUGUUCACAGACACUCAGUAUUGCAGUUGAUGAUGAUGAUGAUACAGAUACUACAAAGGUCACUUCUGUUCAUCCUAUUGACUCAGCUAUUCUUGCAGCUGAAGUCUCUGCUGAGAACAAAGUAAGCAUUUCAGUCAGGGAAGUUUCUCCAGUCAGAGAUCCUUCACCUGUUCAACCUGCGUCAACGGCUCCUGUCUGUGAAAUUCCUCUUUCCAAACCUACAGAGAACAGAGUUUGUACUCUCAGUUACUCCAAGAGGAUGCACAGAGCUCCAAUUUCCUCUGUGGAAGCCAGACUAUCCUCUAUAGAAUCUACUCAGAAAUCCAUGCAGCAAACUCUGGCUGAGUUGAGCUCUUCUGUUGCUCAACUGGUGAAAUUUCUCAACCCCAAUGAUGUCAAAAAGGGGGAGAAAGUACUAAAAGACAAAUGCAAGGUUGAUCAGCAACAGAGAAAACCUGAUGAUGAGGAAGAGAAUGAAGAUAAGAAGAAGUCGGAAGAGGAUGAAGAUAAGAAGAAGUCUGAAAAUUUAAAACACUCUCAGAGUAAAUCUGAAGAAAAGAGGUGUGAUAAGGCUGGAAGCAGUUCUCAUCCAUCUCAGAAAACAAAAUCUCAACCUCUGAUACCAGCUGACAGUAAAACCAGAGCUCUCUCUGAGCAAUUAAUUGAGCUUGGUAAUCCUGAAUCUAAGAUUCUGAGUCACACAGUGAAGUUUCAGGGAGAGGAAACAACCUUCUUCUACAAGGCCCCUACACAACUGGAUUUUGAUGAAGCAGUUGCAAAGAACCUAUUUGAAGAAGAAAAUCCAGGAGUGUCACUUGAAGAUGCUAGAAAAGAAGAAGAAAGGUUGGCUGCUGAGAAGAACAAGACAAGAAAAUUGAAGCCUGAUGAAAAGGAAACUCAAACUGAUCAUUCAAAAGUAAGCUCUGAUGGCAAGAAACUGGUCACUAAUUCCUCUACAAGGAAAUUAACUUCUUCAAGAAGAAAAGGAAUUGUGAUCAGUGAAGUUAAUUACUCUGAUAUCAAUAGGCCCAGAGUUUAUCAGAAGAAGACUGAAUCUGAUUCCAGUGAAAAAGGGAAAAAGAUUAUAGAUGGUGCUCCAUCUAAAAGAAAGGUUGAAUCAGAAGUUAACCAAACUCUUGAGAUCAUUCCUGAGUCCACUGAUCAGAGUUUAGCCUCUGACAUUGCUCAAGCUGAAGAUGUGAAGAAAGAAAAGCUGAAGCCAGUUGAUGACAGAGCUACCUGGAUCAAGUCAAUCUCUGACAAGGCUCAAGUUGACACAGCUGAAUCUAAGAAGAAGAGUUUAUUUGGAAGCCUUGGUACAAGUCAGUACAAGGAAAGCUCUUUAUUUACUCAGAUCAGAGCAAAAGGAACAAGAGGGAAAGAAGCAAGAGACACUACAGGUCUGGGUCACAGAAAGGAGAAAAUACAGACAAGUGCAGCAACUAACUUCAGAGAUCCAUUCCUUUUUACUAAAAAGGCUGGAGAAGCUGUAACACAGGAAGACCUUGACAGAAUAGAAUCAGCACAAAUUCUGAUAGACACUCAUGAUGGACGAGAAGACAAGGAAAAAAUUGCUAUAUUUUUGGAAUCUGGCAGGGUUUACAGAAUUUCUGAAGCUGAUCUACUGUUAAAAUCUCUGAGGGAACUUGAGCAUAUUCACUAUAUGCUUGAGAUAAAGAAUGAAGCAUCCAGAAGAUGGUCUGACAGAAUGAAGAGAACUAUUCAAGAGAAAAGAAGAUUCUAUGGGAUAAGUUCUGAUGCUGAAUAUGUGCCUAAGAUAACCUUGGAAGAUGGUUCAGAGAUUGAUAUGGAGAAAAAUAGCUCUGUUAUGGAGACUAUUGCUGGAACCAGAAUUCUGGGUUAUAAUAAUGAAGCUGAAAGACCAGGAGCCAUUCAGUUGGGAGAAGCCAUGAAGAGAAGCAAAGCUAAUGCUUUGAGAUCAGCUAUAUACCAGACAGGAGAUGAAGAUGAAGAAUUAAUUACUUCAUGCAUUUGUCCUUGA